AUGAGCAAGAAUCGGCUGUUCGUAUCAGAAGAGCUCCCACUUGAUGAGCAAGAAUCGGCGUUCGUACCAGAAGAGCUCCACUUGAUGAGCAAGAAUCGGCGUUCGUACCAGAAGAGCUCCCACUUGGUGAGCAAGAAUCGGCGUUCGUACCAGAAGAGCUCCCACUUGGUGAGCAAGAAUCGGCGUUCGUACCAGGAAGAGCUCCCACUUGGUGAGCAAGAAUCGGCGUUCGUACCAGAAGAGCUCCCACUUGGUGAGCAAGAAUCGGCGUUCGUAUCAGAAGAGCUCCCACUUGGUGAGCAAGAAUCGGCGUUCGUACCAGAAGAGCUCCCACUUGAUGAGCAAGAAUCGGCGUUCGUACCAGAAGAGCUCCCACUUGAUGAGCAAGAAUCGGCGUUCGUACCAGAAGAGCUCCCACUUGGUGAGCAAGAAUCGGCGUUCGUACCAGAAGAGCUCCCACUUGGUGAGCAAGAAUCGGCGUUCGUACCAGAAGAGCUCCCACUUGGUGAGCAAGAAUCGGCGUUCGUACCAGAAGAGCUCCCACUUGAUGAGCAAGAAUCGGCGUUCGUACCAGAAGAGCUCCCACUUGAUGAGCAAGAAUCAGCGUUCGUACCGGAAGAGCUCCCACUUGAUGAGCAAGAAACUUCACAUUAUGGAAUGAAUGACAAUGACAGAUUUCCCCAACUCUACAGUCUACAUGGCUUAUACAGUGAAAGUGAAACUGAAACUCCAGGAUUCUAG